AUGAAAUUCCCAGGCUCCGUUCUCGUCUCCCUGCUCCUCUUCGUAGCCGAGACGGGCACCGCCCUGUACCUGAGCAGCACCUACCGCUCGGCGGGGGACCGCAUCUGGCAGGCGCUGACCCUGCUCUUCGCCCUCCUGCCCUGCGUGCUGGUGCAGUUCAACCUGGUCUUUAUCCACCGGGACCUGAGCCGGGACAGACCCCUGGUGCUGCUGCUGCACAUCCUGCAGCUGGGACCCAUUGUCAGUCUCUCAGGAACGGUCAUGUUGCCGCCCUGA